AUGGCCUCGGGUAUCAGCACGGCCACUCCGCCUGCGGCAGAGGAGCUGUCCGACGCAGAAAAAGGCCCUGUCGUGAGCUCCUCGACCAAUCGGCCAGCGGCGCCCUCGUUGUGGAAGGCAUGGCAAUAUAUCUUUGAUUGGUAUCCAAGUCACUACUCGGACGAGGAACUCAAACUGCUGCGAAAGCUAGACUGCUUCAUUAUGCCGCUGUGCUGCCUGAUGUUUUUCAUCAAAUGGCUUGAUCAAGGCAAUACCAACAAUGCCUAUGUUUCAGGCAUGAAGGAGGAACUCCAUCUGAACGGGAACCAGUAUUCUCUGUUCGGGACAUUUUAUAAUAUCGGCUACCUCCUCUUUGAGAUCCCCUCCAUGAUGCUCAUCUCCCGCCCGGGCCUAUCUCGCUACUACCCGCCGACCAUGGAGCUCCUCUGGGGCAUUGUGACGUUUUGCCAGGCACGCAUGCGCAACGAGCACGAUAUAUUCGGCAUCAGGUUUCUGCUAGGCGUGCUCGAGACUCCGGCGUCCUCGGGCAGCAUCUAUAUUCUAACGUCAUGGUACCGUAGCGACGAGGUAUUCAAAAGGGCGGGGGUGUGGUACGUGAGUAGCAAUGCCGGCUCCAUGUUUGGAGGAUACCUGCAAGCCGCCGCGUACACCAAUCUCAAUGGUGUCUUGGGCAUGGCUGGUUGGCGCUGGCUGUUCAUAAUAGAUGGUAUUAUUAGCAUUCCAAUCGCGAUUGCUGGAUUCUUUCUUUUCCCCGGCAUUCCACAAAGCCCCCGGGUCUGGUGGCUUACUGAGCGGGAACAGCAGCUUGCACGCGCCCGGAUGGGCGCCGAUGGCGUCAAGGAGAGCACGAAGAUAGGAAAACGCAUGCUCAAGCGCGUCUUCAAGCGCUGGAAUUUCUAUAUUGCUAUCGCCACUUACGUCUGCUUCCAGUGUACCACCUAUGUUAGCGGGCAAAUGGCUCUGUGGCUGAAAUAUGAGGCUGGACAGCAUGGUACUUAUACCGUCCCGCAGAUUAAUACAAUCCCAACGGGUGUCCAAGGAGUCGCUAUAGUGACCGGCAUCCUUUCAACAUCUCUUUGCAUGGUCUACCCCAUUUGGACAACCUUCACGGCCGCAUCCGCAGUCCUUCUUUUCUGCAAUAUAGUUCUUCUUGUGUGGGACAUUCCAGUCGGGCUUCAUUUCACGGCCUACUAUCUUCUGGGGAUGACGUCGUGUAUCACUCCAAUCCUAUUUCCUUGGGUUAACAUGGUAAUGAAGGACGAUGCUGAAGCUAGAGCCUUCACGACGGGAGCGAUGAUGACAUGCGGCUGGAUCUUCUUCUCCUUCUACCCAAUCACGGCCUUUCCCGUUCUCGAGGCACCCAAGUGGCGCAAGGGCUUCACCGUGAACACAAUUUUAACUGUUGCUUACUGGUGCCUGUUUAUGCUGGGCCAGUAUUUGUGGUCGCGAGAGCUGAAGCAACGUCAGAUCCAGGAGGUUGUCGAUGAACAUAAGGUUGAGACAGAGAAGGCCGAACUCGACGUGACAAGCAACCACCUGGAAAUCACAACCAAGGGGGAUACUCAGGGUUGA